AUGGCAGAGAAUCCAACUUGCGUUAUCAACCUUCGCCCACAAGCGGGAAAGUUCCCUGAGGCAUGCACGCGACUCUCUCAGCACUUUAUCAGUGAGAUACGGGAGAACGUCGCGGGCAUACACCACGCAUAUCCAUUCGUCGUGUCUGGCAAGGAAGAAAUUAUCGUUAUCGAGCAAUUCGUGUCCAACAAGGCAAUGUUCGCCUACUUCAACAGUGAAUACCAUGCCGCACUGGUCAAGUCGCUUCUGCCGUUUGCACAAGAACCAAUUGAUAUCAAGAGCUCGGCCAAUCUAAGCGAAUUGCAAAAGUGGAAGGACAACACGCCUGGCGAGUUUACUGUCUAA